AUGUUUACAAAAAGCAUUGUUAGUGUUCUAAUUUUAGCGCUAGUCUUCGCAUCACUUCAAGAUGUUUACGGAAAAACACCAAAUAAAAUCACCGGUGGUGUACGAGCAUUCCUCUAUGAAUUUCCAUCGAUAGUAUCAAUACGUUUUUACGGACAACAGCUUUGCGCAGGAGUAUUUAUAACAACAAAACAUGUACUAACAGCCGCGCAUUGCCUGGCGGAAGACAACUAUUUCCAAACUGGCGUCGAUUUGUACCCGGCUUCCGAAAUAACCGUUGGCUCAGGGAGCGAUAAUUGCAACUUUCCUAAAAUGAUUCAUAAAAUAAAGGGUUUUAAAAUCCAUCCUCGGUAUCUAGGUGCAUAUAACAGAAAUAUCAAUGACAUUGCCAUCAUAACGUUGGAAAAGCCAAUCACUCCUAAUCCAUCACAACAAAUUAUAAGAUUACCAAGCAGGCCUUCUGGCGUUGGUCUACAGUCUGCAGUUGCUGGAUGGGGGACUUCGUAUGAAGGCGAAGGAAAACUAUCAGAACUACUGAAGAAAGCUUUUGUUAAGACAAUAAGUAAUGCUGAAUGCCAACGUCGUAAUCAUGUUUUUAUUUAUAGUGGACAACUUUGUGCUUCACAAAACUACGGUGUUGGUUUUUGUGACGGUGACAGUGGAGGUCCUCUGGUACACAGCGGAGAAGUUAUUGGUAUCGUAUCAAUGUCAUUCAAUUGCGGUAAAGGGACUCCAGAUCUUUACACCCGAGUUUACUCAUACUUAGGAUGGAUAAAAGCAAAUAUCCAGUAA